GAUUAUUAUCAACUAUUUAUAAAAGUACAUAAUUUAAAAGCAAUACAAAAAUGAAAAUCGCUGUCGAAGGUUGUGCUCAUGGAGAGUUAGAAAAAAUUUACGAAACUAUACAGGAGUUGGAAAAGCGUGACAAUAUAAAGGUUGAUAUGUUACUGUGCUGUGGCGAUUUUCAGUCCACCCGUAAUAUGGAAGAUUUACAAACAAUGGCCGUUUCCCAGAAAUAUCAAGAUAUUUGCACAUUUUAUAAGUACUAUAGCGGAGAAUUAAAAGCUCCAAUGUUGACUAUAUUUAUUGGUGGCAAUCAUGAGGCUUCCAACUAUUUACAAGAAUUGCCUUAUGGUGGUUGGGUUGCACCUAAUAUAUAUUAUUUGGGUUAUGCUGGUGUUGUCAGAGUUAAUGGUAUUAGAAUUGCAGGCGUUUCUGGCAUAUAUAAAGGCCAUGACUAUUUAAGGGGACGUUUUGAGUUUUCUCCCUACUCAGAAAGCACCAAACGCAGUGUUUACCAUGUGCGUCAGCUGGAAAUAUUUCGUCUGAAACAACUUUCGAGCAAAAUUGAUAUCUUUAUGUCGCAUGAUUGGCCCAAAGGCAUAUACAACUUUGGUAAUAAAGAACAGUUGGCUCGUUUCAAACCAUUUUUACGCGAAGAAAUGGAUAACGACCAGCUCGGCAGUAGACCUUGUGAGGAUUUGCUUAAUAUGUUACAGCCUCAGUACUGGUUUGCCGCCCAUUUGCACUGUAAAUUUGCAGCCGUUGUGGAACAUUCAAACUCGAAGUGCUGCGAUGAGAAAACGGAAGCAAAGAACAACAUAUUUAAUGAAAAAAAUAACGAUGAAGAUGAUACAACUCCAAAGGGAUCAUUUACAAAAUUCUUAGCUUUAGACAAAUGUUUGCCUAAGCGAAGGUUUUUACAAGUUCUUGAUAUUAAUUCGGAAAACUAUACUGACGAUGAGGGUCAUUUAAGAUUUGAAUAUGAUUUGGAAUGGUUGACCAUAUUAUAUUUAACCAAUCACUUGGUGAAUGUCAAAGAAUCGUACUAUUAUCUACCGAAUGAAAAGAGUGCUAAUGGUGAACGUUUCGACUUUACGCCUACAGAAGAAGAAAUGCAAAAUGUACGUAAAAAGUUCGAAAACGAUCUAAAAAUUCCCAAUAACUUUUGUCGAACCGUUGAAUCAUUCGAUCCAUCUUCAUAUAGCAAAGGUCGGCAUUUCGAACAACCAAAAUCACAAAUUAAUCCACAAUCAUUGCAUUUCUGUGAUACGUUGGGCAUCGAUGACCCCUUGUCGUUAGCAAUGUUGAUGGGCGGUCAUGAAUUGAGUCAUUCCAGUACACUUGAUAAUACACAAGAUUCAGCUUUAAAUGAUUCUCUUCUACAGGACGACCAACAAUCGUCUAGUCUGAAUAUCUCAUCGGCAUCAGUGUGUUUAACAGACAGCAGUCCAUUAAAGCGAAAAAGUAACUCUGGUUUAAUUCUGCCUAAACCGAAAAUGGACGAUGGAAAUAUUAUUGUAAAUACAGAGGAAAUUGAUUUGGAUGAUGAUGACACGAAUAAAGAAGAUAUUAAGGAAGAUCUGCAAUUGGAAUGUGAUCCAUCGGAUGCGUGUACAAAUGAUCAAACACAAAUAGAAAGUACCACCAACGAGAAAGUACUUUCACCAAAACCUCCAAUUAAAAAAUUUAAAAGGCGUAAUCAGGACAUCUACCAAGAAAAAGAAGAAACAGAUGAACUAAAAGAAACUUUAUAAUACCUACUGUAAGGUUUAGUAAAAAUGUUGCAUAUAAAUGCGUUCUAUCAUGUCCUUUAAUUUUUAAAAUUGUUUUUCAAUAUUUUUUUUAUUAUUUUACAACUAUAUAUAAUAUGUAUGUAUAUAUAGAACGAAAUUUUAUGAACAAUUCA